AUGACAACCGUUUGUACGACCACCCCGAAUUCCCCUCCUGACCUCUCCGGGUCCAAGUCCUCCAAGUCUUCCUCCUUUCGUUCCUCCUCGCAACACUCCGGCCCCGAGGCCAUCUUCACUGAUAUCUCCAAUUUCGAAGAAGUGGACCUCCAGGAUGAUGUGCAUGUCUCCUACACCAAGGGUGCAACCCCGUACGUCCAAAAUGCUGGAAUCACACGAGCUUCAGCGGCCAUCAUGCAGAAAUCGGCGGUUGCGACAACACGCGAUCUGACCGCCACGAAAACAAAGACCCCGUACCCUACCGGAAAGCAGGUCAAUGGCACCUUGGCUCAGCCGGGCCGCGGUCCCAAGCACCGCCCCGGCAAUCAGCGGGAUCCAGCCUCCACCAAGCAAUCAGCCCUCCAAGUCACGAAGCCUCAUCGUUCGCGUUCCUCCUCCCCACUGCGACCGACAUCGAGCUUGAGCUCGUCGCCGUCUACACACAGCCUGUCCCUGACCCCCGUCAAUACCCACACCCUCAACCGGAAACCCUCGUGGCAGCGACCGCGCAAAACCGUGCAGGACUUGGAGGAUGAAUACCAUGACUCCGAUGAAGAAUUACCCGAGGAUGCGAGUCUGUGGAAUGUGCCCAUCUCCCCGCGGCCGGUGCAGGAUCGAGCGCCGUCCCGGGCCCCCAGCCCCAACGGUCGCAGCCCAGGUCCUCGACCCCUGCCGUUGUCGCAUUCGGUAUCCGAUGUCACUGUGCCCCGGUCGCCUUCUGGUUCGCGAUCCCCCACAACCCGCAACAAUCGUUCCAGCUCUGCAGGACCUGAGCGCGGCCAGAUCUCGCCCCGCAACCCGCGAGCAUACUCGUACAACAAUAUGAUGUCGGAUUUGUCGGAAGAAGCCAAGAUCAUCACGGAGGCUUUGGAGUUCCACGCUGAUGAGCGCCAGCGCCAGCGGGGAGAGCGCCUGCAAAGCGGGCUGUCCUCUCUCCGCUCGAGCGAGGAGUCCAAGCGUGGGUCCAAAAGCACCAUUGAGCUGCCCCCGUUGCAAAAGUCCAAUAUCAUGAUUGAUCCGUUACCUCCCAGCAAGGAGAAGGAGAAGGUCCUGACGCGGACCCGGCCCAGCUGGCUGCCUCCGAAGGACCAGAAGGAGGAGAAGCGGCAUUUGAAGGAAUACAAGCGGAUGAUGGCGCAGGCCAAGGAAGCAGACAAACGCCGUGCGGCGAAGGCUGCUUCCGCGAAAUGUGAAAAAGACAACACUCGCGAGACUCUGCAGCAGAUCUGGGACGAGUACGUCUACCCGAAUUGGGAUAAUGUCAUUAAUGAAACCCGCACGCGGGAGUUAUGGUGGCGCGGAGUGCCGCCUCGGAUCCGGGGCUCGACCUGGCAGCGUGCCAUCGGCAAUGAGCUGGCUCUCUCCGAGGAAACAUACAAAAAGGCCUUGCAGCGCGCCAAGGACGUGCGGGCGCGGCCCGAGGGCGAUUCUGGGGAGACCAACAAGCGCAUGAGAGAUUGGUUCGAGGCGAUCGACGCUGAUGCGUCCAAGGCGUUCCCUGACCUGAACCUGUUUCAAGUCGGUGGUCCGCUGCGCGAGACGUUGAUCGAUGUGUUGCAGGCGUACUCGAUGUAUCGCAGCGACGUGGGCUAUGUCAGUGGCUUGCAUACCAUCGCUGCCCUCCUUGUUCUGCAAUUCCCAUCGCCAUCGUCGGCGUUCCUGGCCAUGGCCAACGCGCUCAACCGGCCGCUCCCUGUUGCUUUUCUUACAUUGGACCGCGGGGCGAUCGGUCGUACAUAUUCACUGGCGUCUGCGACGCUGAAAUACAAAUUCCCGCGUUUGACGACGCAUCUGCACGAGACGCUCCGACUCAGCGACGAAGAGAUCUGGGAGCCGAUGUUCCGGUCGCUGCUGACGAACGGGCUGGACUUGGAGCGUCUCAGCCGGGUCUGGGACUGCUGGGUGUUUGAAGGAGACCGGAUCAUGAUCCGGGCGGCCGUUGCGAUCCUCGGAUGCUUGCAGCCCCAGCUGUUUGGGUACACCAAGCCGGACGACCAGAGUCGCAAGGCGGUGCAGGACAUUCUCAGCUGGGGACCGCGACAGGGGGGCACUCGGACGCAGGAGCGACACAGUGCCCCGGCCUCGGCGACCGGGUUCGGAGGGGGACAGAUGGCAUCUGGCAUGGGCGACUACUGGAUGUUGGGCUCGGCGGGUGACGAGGACGGAUUUAUGCAUGAAGUGCGCGAGGCAGGCAAGGUGCGGUGA